AUGUCAGGUUUCGAGGCACGAACCUCCGCUGCGGGCUCCGACGCGCUGAGAGACAAAUACCUCGACGGCCUUCUCGCCGCCGGCUUAUACGAGGAUUCCUGCCGGAGCAGGUACGAGGCGGUGAACUACCGCCACCUUUCCCCCUACAAACCUUCGGCUUACCUCGUGCAGAAGCUCCGCGAGUAUGAGGAUCGUCACCGGAGAUGUGCGCCUCAUACCAACGCCUACAAAAAGAUGCUGCCGCUCCUUACAGGCGGCGUCGCCGCCGGGACGGUGGAGGAGUGCAAGUACCUCCUGUGGACGCCCUUCUCAGGGCUUGGAAACAAAAUAAUUUCUCUCACGUCGUCGUUCCUCUACGCCCUGCUCACGGAAAGGGUCCUCCUCAUCGAUAGGGGAAGGGAUUUCUCCAAGCUCUUUUGCGAGCCCUUCCCGGGGACUUCCUGGCUGAUUCCCGAGGACUUCCCGAUGAAAAACCUCUACUUCAACCGAGGGGACCCCUUGAGCUACGGCAGUCUGGUGAGAGAGAAGGGCAUUGUCAAUCCUCUGCCAUCCUUCGUCUACGCGCACGUAGUCACCGACUUCGCGCAAGAGGAUGCUCGCUUCUUCUUCGAGGAGGACCAGAGAGCCCUACGGGGAGUCCCUUGGCUUCUUGUGAGGUCGGAAGUCCACUACGCAGCGGGCUUGUUCUUAAACGCCGACUUUGAGCCAGAGCUUUCCAGGCUGUUCCCGGAGACGGAGACGGUGUUCCACCACCUCUCCCGGUACCUUCUCCAUCCGUCCAACAAGGCCUGGGGGAUGAUCACCAGGUACUACCACACUUAUUUAGCCAAGGGCAAGGAAAGGUUGGGGAUACAGAUCAGGAUCUUCAACCAUGAAAACUCUCCCUUCGAGAACGUCUCGACCCAGGUCGUCAACUGCCUCAUGAAGGAGAAGCUACUGCCGGAGAUUGAUCUGAACGACCCCCAAGUCGUGCCCAGCAGAUGGAAGAUUAUGGACGUUAUUGUUACGACUCUGCACUCCGGCUACCUAGACAAGAUCCGAAGCAUUUAUUGGGAGCACCCAGCCGCCGGCGGCGUGCUCGUCAGCGUCCAUCAGCCGAGCCACGAGGAAUAUCAGUUGAUGGACGACGAGAGCCACGACAUGAAGGCGUGGGCGGAGAUGAACCUGCUAAGUUUUUCCGACGUUCUGGUGACUAGCGCCUGGUCGACCUUUGGCUACGUUGGGCAGGGCCUCGGGGGUUUAAAGCCGUGGAUUCUCCUCCGACCGAAGAGCCCAGCCCUGCAGGAGCCCUCUUGCGUCAGGGAUAUCUCGAUGGAGCCGUGCUUUCACCUGCCGCCGGCGUACCUGUGUGAGCAGAAGAUGGACGGCAAGAGGGGCAAGGUGGCGCCGUACGUCACCUAUUGCGUCGAUGUCGAGGGUGGACUCAAGGUACUUGCCAGGAAUAAUGAAGUCCAGUAG